CUUUGUCACUCUUGAAUUGGGGGCGGAGGUAAAAAAAAGCCCACUGUGCGAAGCUAUAAAAAGCAAAGGGGGCGGCGGUAAGAGCAAACGCAGAGAGGAAGACCGCGCGGAGCAAGACCGCUCCCAGGGCGUCGCUGCGUCCCUGGCAGCGUUUUGCUGCCGGGUGCCAACGGGGAACUACGCUUGGGGGCGACUGUGAGCGCGCGCGCGUUGGGGACCGCGGCUUGCUUCAGACCUUGCGGGCCAGGUGUUGGGGGGUUCCAGAUCCCCCAUUAUAGAGCCCGCUAGCAUUGCAAAGGAGGACUUGUGUCCUGCAAAGGUUGAGACAUAAAGAGUAAGGAAGGAAAAGAGGAGAGAAAAGCAACUGAGGCCGAAGGAGAAGAACUAGUGUUGACCUCCUGUGCAGCUAAGAGGAGGACUGGACCGCGGAGACUCGUGCGGGACCACGGAGGAGGGGCGAGGAGCGACAGAAGCGGUGCGGGCCGUGGGGCUGGGUCUUCUCGCACCUCGGGUCACGCCUCUUUGGCAAGAAGGCGUCUGCCUUUGAUUGCUUGCAGUUACUACGGAAUUUCCUGCCCUGGUGGAGAACCGGGUCUUGCUUGGGUCCUCCUCGCUCCUGGUCUGAGGCGUGAGACUGGUUCACACGGUGCUGCGCCCCCGAAGCCAAGUGGGGUUGGGGGAACAGAGUCUGCGAGCACACGCGCCCCACGUGAGGGGGUCCCUUGUGGUCCUCCCGCCCCUUGCAUCCUCACCCCUAGGGGAUUUGCACGUGCCCGGGACCCCUCGCCGGGAAAUGGCCGCGUUGAUGCGGGGCAAGGACUCGUCCUGCUGCCUGCUCCUACUGGCCGUGGUGCUGAUGGUGGAGAGCUCACAGCUCGGCAGCUCGCGGGCCAAACUCAACUCCAUCAAGUCCUCUCUGGGCGGGGAGACGCCUGCCCAGGCCGCCAAUCGAUCUGCGGGCACAUACCAAGGACUGGCUUUCGGCAGCAGUAAGAAGGGCAAAAACCUGGGGCAGGCCUACCCCUGCAGCAGCGAUAAGGAAUGUGAGAUGGGGAGGUACUGCCACAGUCCCCACCAGGGAGCGUCGGCCUGCAUGGCGUGUCGCAGGAAAAAGAAGCGCUGCCACAGAGAUGGCAUGUGUUGUCCUGGCACCCGCUGCAGUAACGGCAUCUGCAUCCCAGUCACUGAAAGCAUCUUAACCCCUCACAUCCCAGCUCUGGAUGGCACUCGGCACCAAGAUCGAAACCACGGUCAUUAUUCAAACCAUGACUUGGGAUGGCAGAACCUGGGAAGGCCACACACGAAGAUGUCACAUAUAAAAGGGCAUGAAGGAGACCCCUGCCUCCGAUCAUCAGACUGCAUUGAAGGGUUUUGUUGUGCUCGUCACUUCUGGACCAAAAUCUGCAAGCCAGUGCUCCAUCAGGGGGAAGUCUGCACCAAACAGCGCAGGAAGGGCUCUCAUGGGCUGGAAAUAUUCCAGCGGUGUGACUGCGCAAAGGGCCUGUCUUGUAAAGUAUGGAAAGAUGCCACCUAUUCUUCCAAAGCCAGACUCCACGUGUGUCAGAAAAUAUGAUUGCCUCUGCGGAAAAGAUCACCAACAGACUGUGAAUCUGUGUAUUUAAUGCAUUAUAGCAUGGUGGAAAAUGGGGUUUGGGUCUCAGCAGAAUGGCUAAAAUAAGGAAUGUGAUAAGAAUAUAGGUCACAGAAAGAGAAAAAGAAAAAGAGAACUGGGAGGAUUAGAAAGGAUGACAAAUGUAGUACAAUCAGUGUGUUUCCAUUUUGCAACUUGUUUAUGUAAAUAAUGUACACACUUGUGAAAAUGCUGUUACCAAAAAAAAAAGCACACAGUGACAA